AUGGAUGUAAAUCACUUUCGUUCCAUUUAUGUGUUUUAUUUCCACAUCGCAUAUAAAUCGACAAAUCAACUGGAUCAAAGUGAUGGUAUUUAUUUAUGUAAACUUGUAUAUCAGCACGAGAGUUUAAAAAUUUUUGUCCUUGUCAAUAAUGAAUGGGUAUCUUGCUCCCUUUUCGCCGUUUCCGAACUAAUUGAAUCAUAUUCGCAGCUUCUUGGCAUACAUUGGAUAAAGUUCCAGGAUUCCGUUAUUUUGGCCUUAAUUUUCAACAGGUACUCGAUAUAUUUAGAGAGAAGCGUCAUUUUCGACACCAUUACUUCUAUAUUGAGGGGGGGAAAUUGCAGCGCUACCACACCAUCUCCCCAAAUUUCGCCAAUAUUGCCUGGAAAUCCCACAGUGGGCGAAAACACCCUACCCCUUUAUAAGUCAACUUUGAAGAAAUUUGAUUUUUUUGGGGUUAUCUCGUCCUUUGCUCCGGUGUCAAAUGGAAUCGUUGUUUCUAAUGACCAAGGACUGGGAUAUAUCCCGCGUUCCGACUCCAUGAUAGUUUACAUUCCCGAAUUGUUUGGUAGCUUUCAUAUCCUGCACGCUAUAUCCUUUUCCCCCGAAUCUUCAGACGAUGUUUCAUAUUCGUAUAUUCUCUUUUAUUCCAUCGAGAGGGAGGAAUAUUUCAUAUUGAAGGCAACAUUCGAAAGAUCUUGUAUAUCUCCCUCUUUUUCUGUCCUUCCAGGCUGUGAUGGAUUUCAAGAACACUUAAAAGGUAGCAUCUUAAAUCCGUAUGAGCCCUUAAAUUGUUCGUUUUCGUUAAUCGAAUCGUGUCUCCAUAUUCUGAUUUCUUCAAAAUCAGCAAAGUGCUACUCCCUUGUUAAGAUUUCUGCUUGCGGUGGCAUUGAGAUCUUUCUUGUUGAAAACUUGAACGGAAGCUCUACCUCUCAGGCUCUUUUGGUGACUUUCAAUGGGGUUUUGCUUGAAAACGAAUAUACUGCCAUUUCAUCUUCCCUUAUGCGACCACUGUUUCCAAAGGCCAUCUCUGUAAUUGCUACGCAUGAAGGAAUAUUCUUCUAUAUAGACCGAGAAAAAAUCCCAAUCCCCCAUUGCUCAGGUUUGGCGAAACACAAUGUACUUGGACAAAGGCUUCCAAAAGUAUUCAUCUAUGACUAUAAGGUGAUCAUACUAUUUGACCAUAAAGUUGACACUCCAAUAAGCUUGGAGCUCGACUUAUUUAUGGGUUCACACAACGUUUUGACUACACCAUUUCACCUUUCCAUGUUUUACAAAAUCCUUUUGGGGCUUAACUCUAUCAUGCCGCAUCGAUGCUUUGUUUUUGAUUUAUUUUCAAAUAUCUAUGCUUCAAAUCAGAAUAUAAUCGAUGUUUUGUUGGAAUUGUUCCAGUCUCAAUCCUACUAUCGGGAGGUACUUUCGGCGCGUUCUUCUUCGUUUCGCUUAUUUUGUACCUGCAUCUAUGAAGAUUUAAAUAUUUUAACCCUUUCGCACCAACAUCCGUAUGUAGAAGCUAUUGAAUAUUUGAUUGGAUUUCUGUCUCGGAUCCUCAAAAUCAACAUCUUGGAUUCAUCGGAAUUUCGAAGCUCUCUUAUUUGCUGUUUGGCCGACAAUUCAAACAUCGACAAAAUCAAGGUAGACCCUGUGCUUUUUCCAUCCAACACAUGCUCCUUUUUGUUCCCAAGAAUAUAUUUUUUUCUCCAAAACUGGGCUGAUCUCGUCAACGGAGAUUACGGGUCGCUAUCUUCCAUUUAUAACUUUGUAUUUUUCGCCACGAUUCUUCUUGGCGAUAUUUUGCCCGGGCAGGUGACCCUCAACGGGGUUUUUGGUUCAGACGACAGGAGCCUCGUUCGUAUUACACAAUUCACCAACUUCCUGUCCAAUGGUCUUGAGAAGACUAAGCUUCCAAACCAAUUUGAAUGGGUCUCGCGUAUUUCGCAACCCUUCAGUGUAUAUGCACUUUUGCUUAAUGAAAAGUAUCGCCUUUUAAGCGAUUCCAUUUCUUUAGAAACAUUCAAAAAUAUCAGCCCUGAUAUGGCCAGUGUCUUGCUCGAAUUCUUUGCCAGAAACGAUAUCAUCAAAUCUCAAGAAAAGUCGUGUGAUCUGUUUUCUCCAAGUCCGCCAAGCAGUGUCCAUGUCGAGCAUAUGAGGAAGCUAUUUUCUUUGGAUUUUGUAGAGAAUUUAACGUCGUUCAAGCUCGAAAAUGAUCAGUCUCAAAUCGAGUCUUUCGUUGGAUUUGAAAAUUUGUCCUCUGUGUAUCUCAAAGAGACAGACCUAUUAAAGGUUCAGGCCAUUUUAACCGAAAUUUUCACGCUAAAAAAUGCUCACAUGCCCGCUGGUCUCUUGCUUAUCAGCUCCAUAGAACUUUCAAAGGCUCAGCCCUCGGAUGUUGGUGCAACAUUUUCAUCCGUCCUUUCCCAAGUUAAACAAAAAGUCUAUUUUUCCACACAUUCAACCUCGCCUACUUUUGAUCUCCAAAGACAAAAGCGGCUUUUCGAGUUUUUGCUGUGCAUCAAGAUCGUACUUGAGUUUAAGGAGAAAAUUGACCUGUCCUAUGUUUUGUCUGUUAGGCCAAAGUCAAAGUCCAACACAUCGUUCACCAGCUUUUACCAUUGGCCUGCAUUUUUAUUUGGUCUAGGGCUUUCCGGCAAUUUUACAAAGCCGUAUCCGCACGAUGUGAUUUUAGAAUUUAUCUCCGUUUCAGAGCCGACUUCGACAUCUUCUUCUGGCACAAAGGCCUCUAGCUUGUCUGAUGUCAAUCUUGUAUCGGCUAGCUCGUUUCUGUUGUGUUCUGGAAUUUCAUUUAUAGGUUCCAAAGACGUUCUUCUUACAAAAUCGGCUAGCAUGCAUUUCCCGUCCAUUGUGUUUUCAAAUCAUUUGACGCUUUCGUUGCCAAACUUUGAUUCCAACAUCAUUACAUAUCCAAUAGUUGAUUUGCCGCAUCAUUGUGUUGUUAUUUCAGCAGUAAUAUGUUCGGGUCUGUUAUAUGCUCAGUUCCCGCAUCUGCAGCUUCUUAAAGUAUUUCUUGGCGAGUUUCUAUAUUUGUUCAGCAAUACGUCAUCCCAAAAGGAGGCAAAACAAUUUUCCUUCAAAAACUCUGGAUGCCGGUGGUAUUGGUCAUCGUCUUGUAAAAUUUCUAAAAGCGGGAACCUUGUGGACCACGAAUUCAGCACUGCAAAUAUUUAUUCACACUUCCAACCGAUAACGGGCUCCCAUAAAAAACAUCCUUCCUCAGAUUUCUAUCCAAGCCGCAGCAUGCGGCUGGACAACCAAUUCUACCCCUACUAUUUGUCUCGUAUUAAGGGCUUUUCAUUGGAGGGCCACUCUCUUUCCAUUUGCUUUUCAUUGGGAAUUUCGCUAUUUUCAAUUGGAUUUUCGACAAACAUAAGCGUUGAUAGCGUCAUCUCCGAUAUCAUUUCGGUGCUUUUUCUCUCCACUAACAAGGGGAUAAUCUUGAACCAUCCUACUG